UUGCUUUCCCUACUUCCACCAGCUUUCUUUCACUCCACCAUUUUCGAUUUCAAGCUUAUCUUUACCUACUGAUUCAUCUUCUUGAGGAGAGAAAGAACAUGAAGAUCGAUUCUUACCAUUUUGAGUGAAGAAAAAUCUCAUGAACAACUGUAAAGAGUUCGAUUUUCCUGCGUUUUAGUUUCAAUGGGGUUUCUUCUUUUUGAUAGAAGAAGUCUAACAAUGCUUCUUAUACUAUCAGAGUUAAUCUUUUGGUUACCAAAUCUGAAAUCUGAAGAAACCCUAGAUUCACUUCUCCAAGACUACGCUUUUCGUGCAUUUGUUCGACCCAAAACCGGUAUUGUUUACAAUGGCUCUGUUCCAUCGAAUCUAACCGGGAUUAAGAUCUCAGCAUUGAGGCUUAGAAGUGGCAGUUUAUGGGCUCGAGGAGUAGAGACUUACAAUGAGUUUGAAAUUCCUAAAGGAAUUAUUGUUGAACCAUAUGUAGAAAGGAUAGUUUUGGUUUACCAAAACCUAGCCAAUUGGUCUGCAUCUUACUAUUCUUUAACAGGCUACACUCACUUAGUUCCAGUCCUGGGUCUACUAGCUUAUGAUGCUUCAAACUUGUCGGCUAAGAAUUUACCGGAGUUGUUUAUUAGAUCAUCAGGGGAAAAACCCAUAUCGAUUCGAUUUCAGAAUGUGGGUUUGGUUCCUGAUGGAUCGGUUGCUAUGUGUGUUUGGUUUGAUUUACAAGGCAGGGUUAAUUUUAGUAAUGUGGAAUUGGGUAACACUUGUUUGGUUUCUCAGCAGGGUCAUUUCUCGAUUGUGGCUAACUAUACUGAUGUUAGACAGAUUAGGACAAAGAAUUCGAAAGCCACAUGGCUUAUUGUUGGGUCGGUUUUGGGUGGUGUUGUGUUGGUUGUGGUUAUGGUUUUGGUGGUAAUGUGGAUUAGGAAGUAUAUGGUUAAGAAGAAAAUGGGACGAAUGGAAAGAGAGGCGGAGGUUGGAGAAGCUUUGAGUAUGAAAUCGGUUGGGAAUGUGAAGGCUCCGUCUGCAAUGGGGACGAGGACUCAACCUGCGAUUGAGCAUGAUUAUGUUCCUUAAACAUUUUGAUGAUCCAUUUGUUUAGGUAUUUCUUGAGUUUUACACCUUUUGUUUUGUUUUGUUUUAUGAAUUGUUGGUAUAGUUACAUGAGUUGAAGUGUAAAUGAUGAAAAUCUGAGAUGGCAGUUGGAUAGGAUCAUAGGAGAAUUGAGGGUUUUUUCUAUUUUAGAUAUGAUUGUUUGUCUGUUUUAGGUUUGAGAGUGAUUGAAUUGUGUGAUGAAAUUUGCUUCUGUCCAAUUAGACAGGAAAUAAGAAAUUCGGUUUUAGUUUUA